AUGAUCCUUUUGCUGGCCCUCUUCUUGCUCCUGAAUAUACCUUCUGCCUUAGUCAUGGAAGAAAAUUUCCCCUGCUUUGAGCAAAUCAACCCACAAGUAUAUAGAGACGGAGACCUGGUCAUUGGUGGGUUCUUCCCUUUGUACUUAAUGGCAGUGAAGAGUUUCACAGGAGCUGAGCAUCCACACAAGGCCUGCAAUGCACAUCAGUGGCUGCACAAAAAUUACCAGCAGGUUCUGGCCCUGAUGUUUGCUGUGGAGGAGAUCAACAGAGACCCCAGCCUCCUCCCUAAUACUACCCUGGGAUUUCACAUCUACAACACCUACCACAGUGAUUCCAGGACCUUGGAGAGCUCCCUGAGGUGGCUCUCAGGAGAAGGCCUGACCACCCCAAAUUAUAGUUGUGAGAGGCAGGACAAGACCCUGGCUGUUAUUGGAGGAGCCACCUCUGCUCUUUCUGUUCAGAUGGGAACCCUUCUGGAGCUCUACCGAUUCCCGCAGGUAAGCUAUGGCCCGUUUGAUCCUACCCUGAGUGACAAGGUCCAGUUUCCUUCCCUUUACCAGAUGGCCCCUCAGGACUCCUCCCUGCAUCUGGGCAUUGUCCAGUUGCUAUUGCAUUUUGACUGGACCUGGGUGGGGCUGGUGGUCACAGAUGACAUGAGAGGCGAACAGUUCCUUUGGGUCAUGGGAGAAGAGAUGAGAAGUAACAAAGCCUGUGUGGCCUUCACAGAAAAGAUCCCUGUCAGUGAGAGACGCCAUGCUGAAUCCCAGGUGGCUUUCAUGCCAAGGAUCAUUGGGUCAUCAGCCAAGGUGAUCAUUGUCCAUGGUGAUACAGACUCACUGAUGAUCCUGAGAUAUUCUCAGCUACAUACAAUUCCAAUUUGGAAGGUUUGGAUUAUUACAUCACACUGGGAUGUCACCGUAAGACCCUACAGUCGUGAUAGUGAAACUUUUCAUGGUUCCCUCAUAUUUUCACAUCAGACAAGUGAGAUUCCUGGUUUCAAAGCAUUUCUUGGGACAGUCACCCCAGCCAAAUACCCAGGGGACAUUUUCCUUAAGAGUUUCUGGGUCUCAGCAUUUGAGUGUCCAGAUGAGCCAGCAAAACUCGAACGAGAGGACUGUUUCUUGAAUGCUUCCUUGGAGAUGCUGCCUUUGCAUUAUUUUGACAUGACCAUGUCUGGCCUCAGUUACUUGGUCUACAAUGCUGUGUAUGCUGUGGCCUGGGCUCUUCAGGAAAUGCUCCAAACCAGAUCAGAAAUGAGAUCUGUGAGAGAUGAAGGAUGCCUGGUGCCUCAUCCCUGGCAGCUUCACUCAUCCUUGAGGAACAUUGACUUUAAUAACACUGCUGGGGACCAGGUGGUUUUGAAUGAGGAAAAGAAUCCUGUAGCUAAAUAUGAUAUCAUGAACUUUGGGAUGAAGUCUAAUUAUAAGGAAGUUCUGGUGAAAGUGGGGCAAUUUGUCCCCCAUGCUCCACUUGGUCAAGAUUUCACCAUUUGUGAGAAGGAGUUAUAUCACAACUGGCUUGAUUUGAAGACACUCCAGGCCAUCUGUACUGAGCAUUGUGGCUCUGGAUUCAGGAAAAUUGCCCAGGAGGGAGAGCCUGUCUGCUGCUUUGACUGUGCCCCAUGCCCAGAGGGAGAGAUUUCCAAUCAGAAGGAUAUGGACAAUUGUAUGAAGUGCCCAGAAGAUCAGUAUCCAAACAGAGAGAAAGAUCGGUGCCUCCCAAAGGUAGUGACCUUCCUCAAAACUGAAGAACCUUUGGGAUGGACUCUGACCUGCAUGGCUCUUUUCUUCUCUCUCCUCACACUUCUGAUCCUCAUCCUCUUUGUCAAGCAUCAAGACACUCCCAUUGUCAAAGCCAACAACAGAGUUCUCAGCUACACUCUCCUCAUCUCUCUCAUCUUUUGCUUCCUCUGUUCUUUGCUUUUCAUUGGCCGUCCCACCACAGUAACCUGUCUUUUACGGCAGACAACAUUUGGAGUCGUUUUCACAGUGGCGGUUUCCUCUGUUUUGGCCAAAACCAUCAUGGUGGUUCUGGCCUUCAAGGCCACAAGACCAGGGAGUAGGAUCAGGAUAUGGCUGCAACCUAGUGUGGCCAAUUGUCUUGUCCUCAUCUGCUCUAUGAUCCAAGUGAUUCUCUGUGGGAUCUGGCUGGGGACCUCACCUCCCUUCUUAGGUACAGACACUCACUCAGAACCUGGCCACAUCAUCAUUGAGUGUAAGGAAGGCUCUGUAAUUGCCUUCUACUGUGUCCUGAGCUACAUGGGCAUCCUGGCCUUGGGUAGCUUCAUGGUGGCUUUCUUGGUCAGGAAUCUUCCUGACACUUUCAAUGAAGCCAAGUUCAUCACCUUUAGCAUGUUGGUAUUCUGCAGUGUGUGGGUCUGCUUCCUCCCCACAUACCAGAGUUCCAAGGGCAAGGCCAUGGUGGCCAUGGAGGUGUUUGCCAUCUUGGCCUCCAGUAUGGGGUUACUGGGCUGCAUCUUUAUUCCCAAGUGCUAUGUGAUCCUGCUAAGGGCAGACAGGAACACCUUAGAAUGGUUAAGAAAUAAAGCAGAUUCUAGAGCCAAGAACUUUGCCCCCGAUACUGUUCCAAGGCCAUGA